AUGUCGGGGCCCUUUUCACCUCAAAAGAAAAGAAGAAUUUCAACUUCACCAAUUGAAGUUCGUGCAAUUACUACAACACAAAAUUCACCCAAUCAAAGUUUAACAACAGCAUUUCCAAAAUUAUCUUCAACACCAACAAAAUCAUUAACAACUCUAAUAAAUACUAAUACCAUUAACUCUCCAUCGGCUCCACCAAGUUAUUUAAAUAUGUCGAUAGGUAGUGGUGGUGGCAGUGGACAUCUUUCGCAACAAGAUUUGUUAAUCAAAUUAGUUAAAAAGGAAGAAGAGGUUCAAAAUCUAUUGGGUGAAUUACAAACAUUAUCUCAAACACUUGCACCUGAAUUUUCUUAUGAACCAGCCUAUCGGAAAAAAUUUCUUGAUCCUGCUAUUAAUGCUUUAUUUCGUACUAUGAAAAUGGAACUAGAAGAAAAAGAUAAAACAAUUGAAAAUUUAAAGAGAGAGUUGGAUGGUGUAGGAUUUACACCUAAUAGUAUUACAGGUAAGAAACUUGUAGAGAAAUUGAGAACAUUACAAAAUGAAAAUGAAGAAUUAGGCAGACAACUUCGACAAGGACGCGUGGAACAAUAUGAAGUGGAGAUAGCUUUGCAAAGAAAAGUUAUUGAAGAGUUGAAAAUUGCAAUUAAAAGAAAACAAAGUAUAGUUUUAGAAGAAGAGAUGGAACGUCUUCAAGAUCUUUUAUUUCAAAUGCAUGCAAAAGUGAAUCGUUAUGAAAAACAAGCCAGGCCUGAAAGAAAAAAUCAAAGAGAUGAUUUCUCUCCAUCAACACAACAGAUAGAUGAUGUUUGA